UAGCCUGCUAGUAUAUAUGUAACCUUUUUCGCAGUUUAUCUGUAGUUAUUUUUAUUUGGUUAUCGUAAGAAAAAAUAAUUGAUAGAGACAACUCCGAUAUGAUGCAGAGACUCGACGCCGUUCUUCGUCUCCGUAUCGAUGGAUGGUCACGCCGAUAUUCCUCCUUCAUACUCCGGUCUCAGCCAAUACCCGAGGGCUAACCCUUUUGGUGACGAGAGUUCCAAUAGAGCAACCAUGCCGCCGCCUAGCGGAAGCUCACUCCCACCCUUUCCGUGUCCUCAGAUCCCACCGACCGGUCAGCCAUCCCAGUACGGAUCAACCCCCUCGUGGUCGACGUUACCUCAGCCGUCGUCGUCUCUCCUCUCAUUCCCGCCGUUGAGCCCGUCGUCCUUCCUAGAUUUUCCUUCAGCAACGGUGGCCAACAAAGAAAUGGCAUACCCUCCGGUUCCAUACACGGGAGGCUCAGGGAGUAGUCUGCCGUCGUCUGUCUUCUCAGUGCAGCCGCCGUACCGAGGUUUUCCGUCAGCAACGGUGGCCAACAAUGACAUGGCAUUACCUCCGAUUGCGUACAUGAUGCCUAACUCCUCCUCCGCAGAGGGUAAGGCCCAUAAACGGGCCAGCAGUGAUAGUAUCAGGUUAAAUUCACUGAUGGCUAGCAAUCGAACCUACCCGAAUCCAAUAGAUAUGCCCGUUGGCGUGAGGACCCAAAAUGAAAGCGUUGGAGACAAGUCGUCGUCUCACAAUGAGGAUGUGAAUGUGAAUGUUGAUGUUCCGAAUGGGAACAAGAGAAGAGCUGCCAACGAAAUUGCUCCUCCAAGAAGAAUUUGGAGGAGUGUUUCAGCCGGUAGUAGUCUCAACGAGGCUCCUUCUCUUCCUCAGGGUGUUUCGGUUGAUGUGGGGAACGAUACUGCUUUCGGAGGCAUGUUUACUCCAGAACAACUGCGUAAGAUUGCCUCCUCUGACGAACUCAAAGAGAUGGCAGCAUCUGAUCCUAAGCGUCUCAAAAGACGCUUGUCAAACCGGGAAUCAGCUGCACGUUCAAAGGAGAAGAAGGCGCUGCAAAAGUUCGAGUUGGAAGUCAAAGUCGAGAGACUUGAGACUCAGAUUGAUACAUUGACUGCCGUGCUCAAGCUUGAGAAGAGAGAAAGAAUGGCAGAAAGGAUGGCGGCGGAUCACGAGUGCGCGCGACUGAGGACUAGUCUUGAUGGAGCGGAUGAGCAGGCACGAGUUCAUCAUGACUUGAUCGAACAAUUGAAUGGAGAAGUUCGUCGGCUAACAGAAGAGGCAAGUAGGCUAAGAGAAGAGGUGAACGAAUACCGGAGGAGGGAAAGUGAGAGAAUGAACGCAAACAUGUUGGAGCAACUCAACAUCAACCAGUUUGAAGAGACAGAUUAUAAUUUCGAAUGA